CCCAUCUUCAUGCCCUGAUCCGUGUUUACGCCUACGCAACUUACAGUUUCAUAUCUUGCCGGCUACGUGAAUAUCUCAACUGGAAGCAAUUUUCUAACCGCAACCCACGCCAUCCUCGCCGAAACGACCACGAUAAGAAUCCGAUACGUGGCGAUAUCGAGUAUACAAUAUUCAAUAUGUCUCCAUCGAAGAUUGUUAGAAACGUUAUUAUGCUUUGUUUCUUGAAUGUCUGCUUGUCAUAUGAGCAUUAUGCACUGUCGAGUGACAGAAUAUGUUCUCUAGUUGGCAAAAAGCGAAAAAUUAAACUAAAAGAAAAAGCAGAAUCUGCUGUUAUAAUAAAGGAGACUAGAUCUUUUGAUGAUUGGCAAGGUAUUGUUGAAUACAGAUGUCGCUUUGAAGUUAUAAGUGAAGAUGAAGAUGGUGUAAUUGCUGUAAUUCAGAAUCUCUCAUUCAGAUUUGAUGAAUCUGGCUGUAUAGAUUAUAUUCAGUUCAAACGGAAAGAUGGAUCAAAGAGCAGGAAGUAUUGUGGGCAGAUCCAUUCUUUCAGGCAGACGCAAGAGGACGUGGAGGUGCUGGAAGAGGAUAUUGGGACUGUCCUUGAUCCAGGUGGAGAACUGGACACUUACAUAUAUGUUGCCAAUAUAAAGUUGAAACCAAAUGAAAAGCUGGAUCUUGAGCUUGUAUACACAUCUUAUAGAGCCUGUUUAAGAAGGCACAGUACUUACCAGAGUUGUGUUCCAUAUGCAAGUGAUGUAUGCAUUUGGAGAGGACUUUUUAAUGAUAGUUAUGUCAACUGUCACAUGAAUUGUUUUGAUGAAGGCAGUUGCUUUAAAUCUCAAGACCCUGUGGGGCGUGCGGUAGCGUAG